AUGGACCUAGGCAAAUCAAGCUCCAUCAUCUCCGAGCAGGAGAUCAAGGAGCUCUGUGCACAGAUGGACGAGAUGGUCGCUUUUAUGAAUUACAGGAUCAUACCGUCAGCCCCACUUAUCUGCAGCAGCAGCAAUGGGACAAAAGAUGAAGAAGACAAGGCGCCGCAGUCCCCGGGGAUCGACGGCAUCUUACAGCGGCUAGCUGACAUGCGGCGCGACAUGUCCAAGCUCAAAUCGGAACUGGCCCCUUUCUGGCACGAAUACCCAUAUGAGAAGAAGUCGGAGCUGACUCCGGAGGAGAGGGAGAAGAGGAUCAAAUCCUGGCACGAGUAUGAGAAGCUGGACAACAAGGACAAGGCCAGCAAGGAGAUGGAAUGGCCACUCAAAGUGUACGGCCUCAUCGCUGCACGAGACAGUGUGGAUCGCAGACGCAAUUUUCUCUUCUUACGGGAAAGGGACAAUUUCCAAGAGAUCACCCAAGAAAAACCCUUCUUGUGCUUGACUGGCCCAUCUCGUGCAAUUUUGGCUCAGGACCAUGUUAGCCUUGAAGUCCAGCUAAAACUUAAGGGUCCCUCGGAGUCUGAGGACACAAUGUUGAUCACUAAGAGAUGCCAGCACAGUCACUAUCAUGCCGAUAAUGAUUUAUAUACUCUUACCUUGGAGAACCGUCUUUGCACAACAGAGUUAAGCCUGCAGCAAGUAUACCGUGAAUCUGUCCAAGCAACUUUCUUGCGCGUCGGUGGCUUUGUUAAAGGCAGUACAACCCCUUUCAUUCAUGGAGGCCGUGUUGCUUGCUCCUCACCACCUCAUGGAGGUCAAGGCACUGCCCCGCCCACCCAAGUUGUGUUACUUGAUUCUCGUUAUUGUGAUGGUGGGAAGAUGCCAAUAGGCGAAGAAGAUGGUUACCUUGAUCUGUCGAGGCAUGUUGUUUCUGUUGAAUUACGGACAAUGAGUGAAGAUUCUGAAGAAUUGGAAGAAACCCUGAAAGUUGUCAUAGAAGCCUACUCAGACUCUCCUCCUAAAGUUUCUGCGAAAGCUGAUGUCAUGGUCAAGCCUCGGUAUUGCGGCAUAAGUGAACAUGAAUGUGUCCUUCACGGCUCUACGGUGAAGAUUACCAUUGCUUGGUCACCUAUUCUUCGAACCAACAAGGUUAUUCUGUGA